AUGCCAUACGACCGCGAUGAAACUGUUCGGGAAGUGACCGCUUUUUACAAAUUCCUCGUCGGCACUCACAUCCCCGAAUCGGCACUGAAGCUGCCCCCCGAAGGCGGCUGGCCUGAGCUCAUAGACGAGUGGCUCUCUUUCAUGGGAAAAGAUCCAACGACUUCACGGGCGACGUUCUGCAGAGCGAUCCCGAUUAUUAUUCGGUUGAUUCGCUCGUAUACAGAGAGAGGAACGAUCACGCUAGUAGAUGCCCAGGAACCCACAGCCCCAACAGACCUCUCACAGGAUGUAGAUACGGACGAUAGUGACGAUGAGGAUGACCAAGCAUCAGACGCCGAAGAAAGCAGCGAGGAAGAGCCGGACGAUGAAGAGAGUCCGGGGCUGCCAGAAUCCUGGCGUAUACAGGCGACUUAUACGGUCCCCGACUUUUUCAAGAUGAUCAAGGAGGAAUUUCGGACUUUCACAAUAGUCGCUACCGAUCCUACUGAAGUGAUUUGGGGAGGAAAUUUCAGAUCGGAGCUAGACGAAGUCAAGGGAAUAUAUGGCCGGCAUGGUUGGCUCACUGAGAACUAUCGAAAAGAUCAAUGCCUCAAAGAAGUGAACGAGUUGUGGUUCGCCAUAUGA